AUGGAGGGCGCGGGCGGGCGCGCGGAGGAGCGGGCGCCGCUGCUGGGCGCGCGGCGGGCGGCGUUCGCGGGCCGGCGGCUGGCGUGCGCCGCGGUGCUGCUGACGGAGCUGCUGGAGCGCGCCGCCUUCUACGGCGUCACGGCCAACCUGGUGCUGUUCCUGAACGGCACGCGCUUCGGCUGGGAGGGCGCGCAGGCCAGCCAGGCGCUGCUGCUCUUCAUGGGCCUCACCUACCUGGUGUCGCCCUUCGGCGGCUGGCUCGCCGACGCGCUGCUCGGCCGGGCGCGCGCCAUCCUGCUCAGCCUGGCGCUCUACCUGCUGGGCAUGCUGGCCUUCCCGCUGCUGGCCGCGCCCGCCACGCGCGCCGCGCUCUGCGGGGCCCCGCGCCCCACGGGCGGCCGCAACUGCUCCGCGCCGCCCUGCGCCGACGCGCCCGCCCGCUACUGCGCGCCCGCCGCGCUCGGGGCGCUGGUGGUCGUGGGCCUGGGCGUGGGCGCCGUCAAGGCCAACAUCACGCCCUUCGGCGCCGACCAGGUGAAGGACCGCGGCCCCGAGGCCACCCGCCGGUUCUUCAACUGGUUCUACUGGAGCAUCAACCUGGGCGCGCUGGUGGCGCUGGGCGGCGUGGCCUACGUGCAGCAGAACGUGAGCUUCGUGACCGGCUACGCCAUCCCCGCCGUCUGCAUCGGCGUGGCCUUCCUCACCUUCCUGGGCGGCCUGAGCGUCUUCGUCACCAAGCCGCCCGACGGCAGCGCCUUCACCGACGUGGCCAAGGUCCUGGCGUACUCCUGCCGCCGCCGGCCGCCCGCGGACCCCGGCCCCGGCGGGGGAGGCAGCGGGGCCCUCGGGCCGCCUUCUAAACACGGUCUGUUUGAUUCCUGUAAGAUGGCCCGGGGCGGGCCCUUCACGGAGGACACCGUGGAGGACGUGCGGGCCCUGGUCAAGGUCGUGCCCGUGUUCCUGGCUCUGAUCCCCUACUGGACGGUGUACUUCCAGAUGCAGACCACGUACGUCCUGCAGAGUCUCCACCUGCGGAUCCCGGAGAUCCCCAGCCUGGCGGGCCGGGCGCACACGGUGCCGGCCGCCUGGCUCACCAUGUUCGACGCGGUGCUCAUCCUGCUGCUGAUCCCGCUCAAGGACAAGCUGGUGGACCCGGUGCUGCGCCGGCGCGGGCUGCUGCCGUCCUCGCUCAAGCGCAUCGCCGUGGGCAUGUUCUUCGUCACGUGCUCCGCCUUCGCCGCCGGGAUCCUGGAGAGCAAGCGGCUGGACCUGGUGCGGGGAGGCACCGUGAACCAGACCAUCGGCAACGUGGUGUACUUCGCUGCAGACUUGUCCAUCUGGUGGCAGGUGCCCCAGUACGUGCUCAUCGGCUUCAGCGAGAUCUUCGCAAGCAUAGCCGGCCUGGAGUUCGCGUACGCGGCGGCGCCCAAGGCCAUGCAGAGCGCCAUCAUGGGGCUGUUCUUCUUCUUCUCGGGCGUCGGCUCCUUCGUGGGCUCGGGGCUGCUGGCCCUCGUGUCCACCCCGGCCAUCGGCUGGAUGAGCAGUCACACGGACUUCGGCAACAUCAACGGCUGCCACCUCAACUACUACUUCUUCCUGCUGGCCGCGGUGCAGGCCGCCACGCUGCUGCUGUUCCUGCUAGUGUCCGUCCGCUACGACCGCCAGCGCGCCCGGGCCUCCGCGCCCGCGACGCCCGGCAGCCGCAGGGCCUGA